AAGUAUAUUUAACACGUUAAGCCCCAUGUGUACCACACUGGCACACACUCUAGUUUUAUCUGGGACCGUGUGUACCUAUCAGGCCACAGCGAAGUGUCGUGUUCCUAAUGCCGUGGCUCGUCGAGGAUCGCAUUUGCCGUGCUUUCUUAUGUAUAAAUGUGUGUAAACGGUCUGUGGUAAACAAAAUCAGAGGUUGGUCCGUUAAACCACGUGUUCACAAACAGGUUAGGUUAUAAUUUCUAACAUGCUUCAGUCAGUAUCGGUUCGAACGUCUAACGAGGCUAACACUAUUUUCUCUUCAGUUUUUUGUUAAAAAGUGGAACUAAAAAAUAAGAUAAUGUUCCGUAAAGGACUAUCGGAAGACGAACUUCGCAGACUUGCUGAGGAGAGUGACUUUAGUGAUAGUAGUAUGUCUGAAAGUACGUUUUAUGAUUCUGAUGCCGAUCCAGUGUACAAUGAAAAUGUUACUGAUGGUUCUUCAGACUCAUACAGUAGUGAAUAUGAGUCUCGUAGAAAAAAAGCUAAAAUUUGCAAACAAACACAAAAUUGCAAAGAAUUUACUGCAGGUUCUAGUUCUAACCAAAAGGAGGCUGAUACAAGAAGGAUAGAAAAAGCUGAAUCUGCAAACGUUAGCCUGGAAGCUGUUAUUGACGAUGUAUCAAGAAAUAAAAUAACUGCAGGUCCUAGUUGUAUCCAAAAGGAGGCUGAUACAAGAAGGAUAGAAAAAGCUGAAUCUGCAAACGUUAGCCUGGAAGCUGUUAUUGACGAUGUUGUAUCAAGAAAUAAAAUAACAUGGAGCGAUGUGCCAAAUCCAGAUGAUCUCAAUAAGUUCGAACUAUCAUUUACUUCAGGAAUAAAUCAGGAAGAACUCGCAAAACUUACAGACCACAAACCAAUAGAUUUCUACCUACUGUUUAUCGACCGUCAAGUGCAAGAUUUGUUGGUUACUGAAACUAAUAAAUACGCCGAACAAACCAUAAUCGCUGGUAUUGUAAAUGAGUCAAUAACGAAACAUUCGCUUAUGAGUAACUGGAGACCAAUUGACAGAAAAGAAUUGCUUCGAUUUUUGGCUCUCAUUAUUUGGAUGGGGUUAGACAGAAAACCGAAACUCAGAAAUUAUUGGAGUAACAAUUUACUUUACAAAAAUGAAGUUUCUAAAAUGUGUGAAAUAAGUAGAAGUCGAUUUGAAAUAUUAUUACACUUCUUUCACAUUUCAGAUAACGAGAGCUGCCCACCUGGAAACAGACUCUACAAAAUUUCUCCUCUUGUACAAAUACUAAAUGAAAAGUUUCAGAAAAUGUGUACUCCUAGAGAAUCGUUAUGUAUUGACGAAACUAUGGUGCCAUUUCGUGGUAGACUUAGUUUUUUGCAAUACAUUCCUGGAAAAAGACACAAAUAUGGAGUCAAAUUGUUUAAACUUUGCGUCGCAGAUGGAUAUACGUACGCCGUUAAAGUGUACGGUGGAAAAGAGAUGCAACCAUCUGAAAAGUCGUUAGCAUCCAGAGUGGUGAUGGAACUUAUGCAACCGCUUCUAGAUACAGGCAGAAGUUUAUAUACUGAUAAUUUUUAUACGAGUGUUGACUUGGCUCAUGAUUUAAAUAAUAGGAAAACCCAUUUAGUCGGAACAUUACGUUCCAAUAGGAAACAUAAUCCCAAAGCGGUAGUCAAUGCAAAAUUAAAAAGAGGUGACAUGAAGUAUCUACAGAGUAAUACAAAAGUUGUUAUCGGAAAGUGGAAAGAUAAACGGGACGUUUUGUUUUUAACGACCAAGGAUAUUCCUUUGAUGAUAGAUGUUCAAACAAAACGUGGACCUGUUCCCAAACCAUCGACCAUUGUUGACUAUAAUUCUGCAAAAUCUUUUAUCGAUGUGUCGGAUCAAAAGGCUGCAUAUAAUUCCCCUGUUCGACGAAGUAUGAAGUGGUAUCGUAAAUUGGCUGUGGAAUUACUAACAAAUACCGCACUUGUGAACUCUUUAGUUCUCUACAAAUCUGUUACUGGCAAACAUCUCUCAAUUACUGAGUUCCGUGAACAGAUUGUUCAAAGUCUUUUAAUGCCUCAAACAACUUCUGAAAACUCUUUAACAACUUCUGAAAACUCUUUAACAACUCUGCAUACGUUGGACGAGAAAGAGAAAAGGAGAAGGUGUUCAGCAUGUUACAAGAACUUUUCGAACCGUGAAGGAAGAGCAUCAGCGAUGAAGAAUGCCAAAAGGGUAUACACUUUUUGUCCGGCAUGUGCCGUUAAUACCGCAUAUAUGUGUGUUAAGUGUUUUGUGAAUAUUCAUACAUGUUCUUUGAAAAAAUAAAUUGUUUUUGUAUUUUUAAACUUAAAAUAUCUUAGGGAGAAGGUAUUUGAUUAUCUUCCUGGUGUGAGCCAAUAUGGCACACAUGGUCCACAUUAAAACAAAUUACAAAAAUAAUUAUAAAUAGACCGUGUGUACCCUGUUGGUACAUGCUGUUUUUUUACUUAAAAAAUGUAUUUUGUUUUUAUUUUAGAAUAGAAAUAAAUAGUUAUACACAUUCUUAUUUCAAAAUUAUUAAAAAAAUGUUCCGGUCUGACAGAAAAAUUAUGUCAUGAUGGUCCGGGGCUUAACGUGUUAAGGUAAAAAUAUAUACCACAGCUUUGACCAACUAAUAUUUUUUAUAAUUAAUGUUUUUAAUUUUAAUUUUAAAUUAAUCACUUUGACAUUUAUGUCAAAUUUCCGGUAAACGUUUACAGACUUGCCACUACUGGCUCUCGCGAAUUUGUAAAUAUCCCCUCUACGUACGAGCUCACAGCG